UCUGGCUUCUGGUUGGCUAACGCUCAGGCAGUCCAAACGCUGCUGACGCUGAGACCGUCGUGGAGUGAGUGAAGGGAACAGGUUGACAACAGUUCGAGAUUUCUUAGACCAAAACAGUUGUUUGCUGGUUACAGCUGGACCUAACGCACAAGCUGGAAGGUGUCAGCGCAGCGUGGGUGCCCAGGGAUCCACUGCCUGAGUGCGGCCAGAGCGCCGGCCGAGACCCCGGAGACAUGAACCACACCAAGGGGGGGCUGGUCAUCUUCACCGCCAACUCGCACGCGUCCAGCCGCGAGCUGGGGAAGCGGAUCGCAGAGCGGCUGGGGGUGGAGCUUGGAAAGGUGCAGGUGUACCAGGAAGCAAACAGAGAAACGCGGGUGCAGAUCCAAGAGUCGGUGCGAGGGAAAGACGUCUUCAUCAUCCAGACGGUGUCCAAGGAUGUCAACACCACCAUCAUGGAGAUGCUCAUCAUGGUGUACGCCUGCAGGACGUCCUGCGCCCGCAGCAUCACCGGCGUCCUCCCCUACUUCCCCUACAGCAAGCAGUGCAAGAUGAGGAAGAGGGGGUCCAUCGUCUCCAAGCUGAUGGCCUCCAUGAUGUGUAAAGCCGGCCUCACCCACCUGAUCACCAUGGACCUCCACCAGAAAGAGAUUCAAGGCUUCUUCAACAUCCCGGUGGACAACCUGAGAGCGUCUCCCUUCCUGCUCCAGUACAUUCAGGAGGAGAUUCCAGAUUACAGAAACGCCGUCAUCGUCGCCAAGUCUCCCGCUUCUGCUAAGAGGGCGCAGUCCUUCGCCGAGCGGUUGCGUCUGGGCAUCGCGGUGAUCCACGGCGAAGCUCAGGACGCCGAGUCGGACCAGGUGGACGGGCGACACUCCCCGCCGACCGUCAAGACCACGGGGGCCAUCCACCCCAGCAUGGAGAUCCCACUGCUGAUCCCCAAAGAGAAGCCGCCCAUCACCGUGGUGGGAGACGUAGGAGGACGCAUCGCCAUCAUCGUGGAUGACAUCAUCGAUGACGUUGACAGCUUCGUGGCGGCGGCAGAGACGCUGAAGGAAAGAGGCGCCUACAAGAUCUUCGUCAUGGCGACGCACGGGCUGCUCUCCUCCGAAGCUCCACGCUUCAUCGAGGAGUCCGCCAUUGACGAGGUGGUGGUGACCAACACGAUCCCUCACGAGCUCCAGAAGCUUCAGUGUCCAAAGAUCAAGACGGUGGACAUCAGCAUGAUCCUGUCGGAGGCCAUCCGCCGCAUCCACAACGGAGAGUCCAUGUCCUACCUGUUCCGCAACAUCGGCCUGGACGACUGAGCGGCUGACGCACCCUGACGCACCGUCUCACUGUGUCUGUGGGGACUCGCGCUUCAUCCACCCGCUCCACGUCCCGGCCUGUGACACGACGGCCCGCUCCUUUCCUCAUCGCUGCCCCGCCUCCUGCUGCUCACCUGGUCCAGGUGUGUUCCACCCAACAGAAGCAGUGAGGGAAAAGAAGCGGGCGGUCUUUUAUUCUGCCUCCAGGAGUUCCUGUUACCCGAAGCAGCUUCAUGGAACCUUCUCACUUCCUUUUUUCUCCUCACUUUCAAAGUAAAAGCUUCUAAACUAAUUAGAUCUUAGUUUAAAAAAAAAUGACAAAUUUUUUUGUUUUUUAUUUUACUUUAGGAGUAAAAAUAAUCACCCCCCCACCCACACACUUAAAAUGUUUUUCUUAAACAUGUAGAUAAAAAUGUAUUUCGCAGGUGAUGAAAAAAAAUGCUUUUAUUUUAAACCAAUUUCCUGCACUUCCUGCAGAAUGAGGUUGUUCCUGGAGUUAUGACGUUACUUGGGGAAAUCUGCGGCGAGCUGCUGUGUUUGCUGUCGUUUUCUCCUCUCAGGGGGUGGGACUAAAGACGACGGCUCUGCCUUCAGACCUCCUGCUGUCAUGAACGUUGGUGGGAAUCCUAAAGCAGAAUCUAAAUGCACCUCUGAGGUCCUUACAGACAACCUCUUUCUUUUUCUCAGUCGGUUGUUGGUUAAAAUCCUAUUGAAAAUCCUCAUGUUCAGGAGAGUAACACAUUUUGGUCCCUUUUUAAGGUUUAUUUUGAAAAGAAAAACAGGAAGCUGUUCCUCCCAGAAUUCCUUGCAUCAGAUAUCAGCAUAUAAAGAUUCCUGGUGACGCUCACAGACAUUCAUGAUUUUGUCCCCACCAACACAGUGACCCGUGGACAGGAAACAGGAAAUGCAUAACGAUAAGCUCUUAUUUUGGAGGGUUCAUCUUCACACAGCAGAUUCACUCCAUUCUCUUGUUUGAAUCGUUUUUCUCUUCUGUCAGCAUCGUUCUGGUGCUGGUAAAGAGAUUAAAAUGUCCGGCUGUCGGUGCCUUCAGCAGACCUUCAUCACGUAGAUCUUCAUCACGUAGAUCUUUAUUACGCAGACUCAACCGGCCUCUGGAUGUGUCUUCACAGAGGAGGCUGGUUUCUAGAGCUGGUAGUGUUUAGUGCAGGUCUUCAUCUAAACCCCUCGCAGCUCAGAUCUGUUAAAUUCACCAACAAACGCGGAGCGACUCCAUCUUUGUGCCAUCACCAUCACUGAGCUUCCUCACAGUCGACUCUGGAUUCUGACAGUUUCAACCAGACCUCAUUCAGGAAGUUCCUCUCAGGUCUGUAGGAGAAACUCUGGAAUCAGUGAGGAGAGCAAGCGCUUUUAGAUUGAAAAUCCCUUUAGGAGAAAAAUGAAGCAGAAGUUCAACCUUUAUUCUGAAAACUUGACUGAAGCAGGACUUUGUCACUUUCCAGGAAAAUGUUUUUGUAUUUAUUUUCAAUGGUUACUGUUGGUAGAUGAAGCCUCCUUUAUCCGUAUUUGUGGUUCCUAGCUUAAUAAAUGUGCACGUGUACUUUCUUUUUACACAAAUAAAUGUUACAACCUUC